AUGGCCGGAGUGCAGUGUUUCGCAAUACUGACCUCUGACCCGCGGGGACUGUGCUGGGCGGGGGGAGUGCUGGAUGGAAAGAUUGUGCUGAACAUCACAACUCCACUGCCUGUCAGAGGAAUUCGAAUGGCAUUCCUCGGCGAGGGCCGAGUGGAAUGGACAGACGGUGUUAAGGUUAAACAGAAAAGUAAAGAAGCCAAGACCUCAAAGACAGCCUGGAAGAAGGUUAGAAAGCUGCGGGAAACAGAAAUCUACUCAAGAACAACAACAAUUUUAUUUGGUGCAGAUCCCGAGAGCACAUUCAACUACAUCCUCCCAGCGGGCAAUCACAUCAUGCCGUUUGAGCUUCCGGUGCCAUCCGAUCUCCCAUCCUCAUUUGAAGGCACCCACGGUUACGUCCGUUACUGGCUGGAGUGUAUCUUGGACGUUGCCGGGAAUGCGGAGCAGAUCACUAAGAAGGCAUUCACGGUGAUUAGCAAGUGCAACCUGAACACGGAUCCGUUGGCAGACAAAGAAAUCAAGCGACAACAGAAAGUGUCCGUGUGCUGCGCUUGUUGUACUCCAGGGUACUAUGACAUUAGGUACUGCGUGGCUAGGCGGGGCUACGUGCCUGGGGAAAAGAUCCUUGUUGACAUCAGAGCAAGAAACUAUACCAAUAAUAUUGUACAUCUGGUCCUGAGGUUCAAAAUGGUGACCAGCUAUCAUGCUCAAGGAAAGUGUUUAAGAGUGAAAAAGACACUGCAGGAAGGGGAGAAAAUUUUAGAAACUUCCGAAACAUUGAAAUGGAAUCCUGAAAUACCAGUCCCUCCACUUCCUCCAUCUGGCCUAGGUGGCAGCAGAGUGAUAGACAUUGGAUACUGGCUAGAGGUAGAUAUGUAUUCCAAAGCAUUCUUUUCCGAUUCUUUGCAUUUUAAUGACGAAAUAAAGAUUGGAACUCUACCACUGAAGCAUGUUAUGGAAACCACGACAGUACAACAUGGAAGAAGUUCUGGAGUCGGGGCUGAUCACUUGCUGCCAGUCGGUUUUCCUGUACCAGAGUCUCGUUCUCUCCCAGUUGCCUCCCCUCUGAGAAAAAAUAUUUUCAACUGGAUCCCAAGCAAGGUGGAAUCACCAAGACCACCUAAUGGUUACCAGGUUUACAACGGUCAGAUAAAAAAGCAUUCAAGUCCGUCGAACUCGUCGCUGUGGUAA